AUCAACCUAAACUUUGGACGGUUCUUUGAUGCGGUAUCCCCGGAUGCCACAUUGAUUUUCUACUGGAAUUUGGUAAUGUAAGCGCUGGAUUGUGGUAUAUCAAGCACGAAAUGCGAUCAUUAUACGGCCACCAAAUCCCCCCGCUCACUCGCUUUAUGCUCUAAUAGUAUGACCCUAGUCUCGAACGAUCCCAGUUGGUGGCCAUUCAUCAAUACGGUUGUUAUUUACAGCUAUUUUACAGUUGCCGCCUCUGUUGGACUAAUAUACGAUUGGGCGCUUACGUUUGGACAAGAGGUUGAACUGAUCUGGAGGCAACGCUGGUCCCUGAUGACCUUUCUCUAUCUCAUUGUGCGCUAUGUUGGAAUAGGAUGGGUUGUGAUGAACAUUUUGAGUAGUGUUCCAACUAUUUCCAUGACAGAUACAGUGAGCCUUGUCAUAAACAACGCACUUAGUUGGACGAGUAACGUUGUAAAUGUAAUACUGGGCGUCAUCAUGAUCGCUCGGUUACAUGCCAUGUAUCAGCGAUCCAGAAAGGUGCUGAUUUUUCUCGUCGUCAGCUUUCUGGCCAUCAGAAUCGCCAACGUAGUGAUGGUCGCAAUACAGGACGAUGCAGAUGUCAGCGGAGGAAUACGUUCUCUCCGGCACCUAUCAGUGCAUAUUUGACUACGGGGGAGAUUCCGUAUUUCUUAAUUCCAUGACUUGGAUACUUUCUACUGUAUGGGAGGUCGCUGCACUGUGUCUCGCGGUCUGGAUUGCUGUAAAGCAGUUCCGUGAACUGCGACAACACUCAACG